AUGAAAUAUAUUUUUGAAAAAAUAUGUAUUGCUUUAAAUUCUGUUUCUAGUUUUCUAACAAUAACUCUUUGUUUUCUAUCACUAAUUUUUAUUUAUGAUAAAUGGAAAAAAGAUGAAAUUUCUAGAAAAUAUACUGAAUUAACAGCAGUUCAAUUUAUUUUUGGACUGAUUUCAGGAAUAAUAAAUUGUGUUGCAAAGAUGGAAGUGUUUAUUGAUGAGUCACAUGUAAUAAUUUAUUUAGACUAUUUUAAUAAAUUUAAUAAAAAAAUUAAUAUUUUUGUAAUUGGCAUUUCUAUUUUGUUUUUAUAUUUUAAUAUUGCUAUGCCUUCUGCUAUUUUGGUAUCAAGAAACUUAGUGAUUGUAAAAAAAAAAGUUUUAAAAACUCAACAUAUAUUUUUAUUAUUUUUAAUUGUUUUUUUUUUCGCAUUAGAAUUAUCAAUUGCUACAAUAUUAUGUUAUAAUAGUAAUAAUAAUGGUAAUUUAUUAUACAAUAUUUCUAUGAAAAAACCAAUAUUUAUUCAGAAUAUAUCUCCAUAUUCUUAUUGUUCUCUUUUUAUUUUUAUUAAAAAAAAUUUUUUUUUCAAGGGGAGUAUUCAUUUUUUUAUUAUUCUAUUAUCAAAUGCUUUAUUUUUCAAUGCAAAUUUUAUUGUAUUUUUUUUUCAAUAUAGAAGUUAUAGAAAAUAUAUGAAACAAUAUUCACGAUCUAUGACAUCAAAAACAAAAAAAAUGCAUAGUGAUUUUAUAAAAAUUCUUUAUUUACAAAAUCUUACUCCAGUUUUAAUAACAGGACUUCCAAUACUUAUUAUGGUGGUUUCCAUUUUUUUUAAAUUUAAUAUUUUUAUAUAUACUGGUACAACAUAUUUAAUAUUUUUUAUAAAUUUUGUUCCUGCUAUUAAUGCAUUUUUUUAUAUAUUUUUACCUUUAGGAAAUCGAAAAAUAAUCAAAAAUUUUAUUAAAAAUUUAUUAGGUAAAAAUACUUCAAAUAAUGUUAAAACACUGAAUAUCCAAACAACUAGAAUACAAUAA